AAGAGAAUCAGGACAUCCAGCUAAUAUUUCCACUUCCUUUCAGAGAGAUCAACCUGAUGAAGGACAAAACACUCAGUCUUUCAGAUCUUCUUCAUAUCUUUUUUCCUGAAACAAAAGAAAUGGAAAUAUCCAGUGAUGAAUAUAAAGUGUUGUUUCAUCUUUGAUGGUCUGGAUGAGUGUCGUCUGUCUCUGGAUUUUGAGAGUACAGUGAAACUAUGUAAUAUAUCUGAAUCAGUCUCAGUGGACGUGCUGCUGAUGAACCUCAUUGUGGGGAAUCUGCUUCCCUCUGCUCUCAUCUGGAUCACCUCCAGACCAGCAGCAGCUGAUCUCGUCCCCUCUGAGUGUGUCCAUCGAGUGACAGAGGUACGAGGCUUCAAUGAUCCACAGAAGGAGGAAUACUUCAGGAAGAGAAUCAGUGAUCAGAGUCUGGCCGACAGGAUCAUCUCACACCUGAAGUCAUCAAGGAGCCUCUACAUCAUGUGCCACAUCCCAGUGUUCUGCUGGAUCUCAGCCGCUGUUCUGGAGAAGAUGUUGAGUCGAGCAGAGAGUGGAGAGAUUCCCACGACUCUCACUCAGAUGUACACACACUUCCUGAUCCUUCAGACCAACAUCAAACAUGAGAAGGACUAUGAGAAGACAGUUAAAGAUGAAGACAUGAUUGUCAAACUGGAGAAACUAGCUUUUCAGCAGCUUGUGAAAGGAAACCUGAUCUUCUACGAGGAAGACCUGAGAGAGUGUGGCAUUGAUGAGACAGAAGCAGCAGUGUACUCAGGAUUGUGCACUCAGAUCUUCAGAGAGGAGUUGGGCUUGUAUCAGGGGAAGUCUUCUGCUUUGUUCAUCUGAUCAUCCAGGAACAUCUAGCAGCUCUAUAUGCACAUCUCUCCUUUACAAAGAACUACAGAAAUGUGUUUGACCAAACUGAACAAAGUCUCUUCUUUAAAGUUUUAAACUGGAUUUAUAACAUUCUGUACUGGGUUCUAA